GGGGUCAGUAGUGCUGCGCUUAUUUUCCUUCCCCGCAAUCACACUCCUAAACUGCAUUGAAAUGAUCACAAAUAAUCUUUAACCAUGUGACAGAGCAUAUGGGGAUUUAUGCGAAAUAAGAGGCGUUUAUUUUCUGCAGGCAACAAUCCGGAAAUGUGUGCUUUGCACGCGCAUCCCCCUUGCUCUUCUUCCUCCUGCAUGCAGCCGUAUUGAAGGGAAGCUGGUUUGAACAGAGACGAGAGGGAGAUACGAAGCCGCUGUGAUUUCAAGCAUUAGGAUGGGUCUGAGAUUGCUUUUCUCGCUCGCAUGGAUUCUUGCCUUCAAAGCUGCUAAUAUUCAAGGUUUGAAUACCGACGAGGACCAUUCUCAAGAUUUGGAAUGCAAAAUGAAAAGCGUCACCGUGUCUGCGCUGCCGUUUUUGAGAGAAAACGACCUGAGCAUCAUGCAUAGUCCGUCGGCCUCCGAGCCCAAGCUUCUGUUCUCCGUCAGAAAUGAUUUUCCGGGGGAAAUAGUCGUCGUGGACGAUCUAGAAAACACCGAGCUACCCUUUUUCGUCCUAGAGAUCACAGGAAACUCUGAGGACAUUCCUCUGGUGCGAUGGCGGCAGCAGUGGAUGGAGAAUGGCACACUGCUCUUUCACAUCCACCACCAAGAUGGCAGCCAGAACCUCCCCGGCCUGUCAGCCACAGACUACCCUGCCAGCGACUCUGCCGAGGAAGAGUUACGCAUCCUUCACAUCUCUGUCAUGGGAGGCAUGAUCGCCUUGCUGCUGUCUAUUUUGUGCCUGGUCCUCAUCCUCUACACGCGCAGGCGAUGGUGCAAACGCCGCCGUGUGCCCCAGCCCCAGAAGAGCGCCAGCGCCGAGGCAGCCAAUGAGAUUCACUACAUCCCUUCGGUGCUGAUGGGAGGCCAGGCCAGGGAGAGCCUGAGAAACUCCAGGGGCCAGGGUCACAAUUCCAGUGGCACGCUCAGCAUCCGAGAGACACCCAUCCUGGACGGAUACGAGUAUGACAUCACUGACCUGAGACACCAUCUGCAGAGAGAGUGCAUGAACGGAGGAGAGGACUUUGCCAGCCAGGUUACACGCACCCUGGACUCCCUUCAGGGCUGCAAUGACAAGGCCAGCAUGGACCUCACACCUGGGGAGUGGAGUGACAAUACAAAGUUGUCCCUAAUGAACAAGUACAAGGACAACAUCAUAGCCACCAGCCCCAUUGACAGCAAUCACCUGCAGCAGAACACUCUCCUCCCCCACAACACCUCCACCAGUCAACGCAAACAACGUCUGUCCAGCAAAACCCGAGCGGGUUCAACCUUCUUAAACCCAGACGGGGACUCGGGCACGGAGGCCGACAGCGAACCUCAGCUGACCUUUUACACUGACCCCAAUCGCAGCAGGCGCCGCAGCCGAGGUAUGAGAAAUGGUAACGCCAACAGCGCGUGGGGCUCAGGGGCAGGUUCCCCACGAAGCCCCAUCAAUAAGACCACCCUGACUUUGAUCAGCGUUGUCAGCUGUGUGAUCGGCCUGGUGUACUCCUCACACCUCUCCUGUGGCCUCAACGUCCGGGUCAUCCUCCAUGUGCCUGAGCACCUCAUCGCAGACGGGUCCAAGUUCAUUUUGCUGCAGGGCAGUCAACUGGAUGCGUCUGACUGGCUGAACCCGGCCCAGGUGUUGCUAUACUACCAGCAGAAUGCCAGCGGGCCUUGGAUCAAUGAGCUGUGUGGCCGCCGCAUUCUGGACCCCUGUGAACACCAGUGUGAUCCAGAGACAGGUGACUGUCUAUGCUUAGAUGGCUACAUGAAGGACCCUGUCCAUAAGCAUCUCUGUAUUCGUAACGAGUGGGGUCCAAAUCAAGGACCCUGGCCUUACACUAUUUUCCAGCGUGGUUUUGAUCUGGUGAUGGGAGAACAACCAUCUGAUCGCAUUUUCAGGUUCACAUACACAUUGGGGGAAGGGAUGUGGUUACCAUUGAGUAAAAGCUUUGUCAUUCCACCUGCUGAGCUGGCAAUCAACCCAUCAGCCAAGUGCAAGACUGAUAUGACUGUCAUGGAAGAUGCUGUGGAUGUGAGAGAAGAGCUGAUGAUCUCCUCAUCGUUUGACAGUCUGGAGGUUUUACUGGACUCGUUUGGCCCAGUGCGUGACUGCUCAAAGGACAACGGUGGUUGUAGCCGAAACUUCCGCUGCAUCUCUGACCGCAAGCUUGAUUCCAGUGGAUGUGUGUGCCCUCCGGGACUGAGCCCUAUGAAGGAUGGCACAGGCUGCUACGACCACCACAUUGGCAUCGAUUGCUCUGAUGGCUUCAACGGAGGCUGUGAACAACUGUGCCUCCAACAGCUCGCCCCCCUGGAGGAUGACCCCACCCUCUACAACAUACAGAUGUUCUGCGGCUGUAUUGAGGAUUACAAGAGAGGUCAAGAUGGUCGUUCCUGCCAGCCCUUGUCUGAAGCCUGUACUGAGGGACUGGACUGUGGGGAAACAGCUGACGUCCCAGCCAACCAAACCGUUUUCGGGGACCUCUUCUAUGGCUACAACAACCAUACCAAAGAAAUCAUCUCUGGUCAGAUCCUCAAAGCUACCUUCAGGCAGAAGAACUUUGCCCGAGGCAUCGAGCAGCAGCUCCCAGAUGGCAUGGUGGUGGCAUCAGUGCCAACCGACGUGCAGUGCCACGAAGAGCUGUCAGACCCAGUCCCUGAUCCAGACUAUCUCACAGGAAUGGUGAACUACAGUGAGGUCUCUGGGUACCCACUCAUCCAGCAUUGGAGGCUGAGGUCUGUCCUGUACCAUGUCAAACUGAACCAGUGGGUUCUCUCUCAAGCUUUCAGCUCUGCCAUCCACUCCCUGGAUGGUGCCACCCUCCGCCAUGAUUUUGUCUCCAUCCUCAGGGAGUUUGGUAAUCACUUUGUACAAGAGGCUGUGUAUGGCUUCGAGGAGGCCUGCACUAUCUGGUACCCCAACAAGCAGGUCCAGAGACAGCUGUGGCUGGAGUACCAGGACAUCAGCAAAGGGAAUUCCCCAUCAGAAGAGUCAGAGGAGCGCGACAAGGAGCCCCGGACCCUGACCUACCCAGCGUACAUCGCCAGCCUGCUGGACUCUGGUGCCAAGCGCAUGGCGGCGGGGGUUCGCAUGGACUGCAGCAGCCAGGGCCAGUGUCCGUACUCCUGCCACCUCUGCCACAUGAGCCCUGGGCCUGGGCGUCCAGCCGAGCCUGUCCUGCUCCAGAUCACUAAGGCCGCCCCGCUCUACGAGCUGGUCUCCAACAACCACACCUACCAGGCACUGCAGGAGGCCAUGAUGAGCAUGCUGUGGUGUUCUGGGAAAGGUGACGUAAUCGAUGACUGGUGCCGUUGUGACUCAAGUGCAUUCGGGACAGAUGGACUGCCAACAUGUGCCCCUCUCCCUCAGCCUAGGCUCAGGUUGUCCCACUCCUAUGAGCCCAGCAGUUCAUUGGUCAUCGUGGAAUGGAAUCACACUGAGCCACCAAUCGGGGUGCGGAUCGUGGAUUACCUCAUUAGCCAGGAGAAAGUGACAGAGAGGACAGACCACUCCAAAAUGGAGACAGGUGUUAUCGAGAACCUUAAAUGUUUCUUCGGCUGUCCCCAUAGGGAACCCUUUGAAGAACCCAUUUUGGUUCGAGAGACAAUGUUGAGCUUUGUGGAUGAUAUCCUGUCUGGGGCCAAGUCUCCGUGUGUGAUGCUUGGGGAUAUCCCUGACCUCCUGACCUCCUCCGUCAGCAUGAUCAUUCGCUGCCUGGAGCCAGACACCACUUACAUGUUUAGGCUCUGGGCAGUGGACAACACAGGCCGUCGCUCCAGCCCAAGUGAGGUCACCAUCAAGACCCCCUGCCCUGCUGUGGAUGAUGUCAAAGCACAAGAGAUUGCAGACAAGAUCUACAACCUGUUCAAUGGUUACACAAGUGGCAAGGAGCAGCAGACGGCCUACAAUACGCUGAUGGAUCUGGGCUCUCCCACCCUGCACCGUGUGCUCUACCACUACAACCAGCGUUAUGAGAGCUUCGGAGAGUUCACCUGGAGAUGCGAGGAUGAACUGGGGCCUAGGAAAGCUGGUCUGAUUCUCUCCCAGCUGGAUGACCUGAGUGGCUGGUGCAGGGGUCUUCUCCAGGAGCCCAAGAUUGGCCUGCGCAGGAUGUCCCUCAAGUACCUGUCCUGCCGCUACACAGACACCAAGGCCUUUGGUCUCAACUGGGUGGACCUGGGCCAGGAUGUGCGAAAGGCCUGUGACGAACAGAACCUGCCAGUCAUGUACAAUGAUUAUGGGGAGCCCAAAGAACGUUGAACGUCACACAACAAAUAAUGGUUCUUGAGGAGUUGGAAGUGUGCUUUUGGGGUUAUCGUCAUGUCUGCUUUUCAAAUAUUGUAUGUUCUAACCCAUAUUUACAGUUAUAGGAACCUGAUUUCAAGGUAAGGUGUAUUUGAGAAGCAAAUAGGGUUUAUUUCAACAAUUACUCGAGCAAGGUAUAACAGUAAUGCUUUACUGCAUUUAGACAGCACUUUUCAUGACUUUUGGGAAAUUUGGAAGUUGCACCAACAAUCCCAUCCCCAAAAUGUAUAUAUUAUGAUGGCGAAGAUUCAGUUAUUUAACAUGUUGAAUGUAGUAUUCAAGUAUAAAUUCAUAUUUAAGCUGUUGUACAUGUAUGGAGAUAGGCAGUAUAUGAAUUUGUGGUAAAUUUCAGAAGUUUGGGAGUUCAUGUACAGUUUGACUUGGUUUUAGUCUCUAAGGGCUCUAUUGAAUCCACAUUGAGGAAGUACAGCUUUACAGAGUGAUUGUAAUUUAAAGGCGUUGUUCCUGCUUUAGCGUAGACUGCAUUCAUGGUAAGCGCUGCAUAUUGGAAAUUAUCUUUACAUUCUAUUGCGUAAUGCUUCAGCUUUACAGACUGAUAGAGCCUUAAAUGUUUAAAGUUGCCAAACCCAAAUGACAGUAUUUGCUACAUCAAUAAAUUCCUAAUAAUUCUGAAAUCAAAUGGCUAUCUUUGAAUCAGUAUUUCUAUUACAAAUUGAAAGAUAACAGAAAAUCAAUGUUUUAUAUUGUUUAUCUAUAGUAUGUUUAUAGAUCUAAUCCUAUCUUACUGUAUGUGUCUUAAGAAUAUACAUGUGUAACAGGUGUUGUUGAUACUAUAAAAACACAAACUCAACUAACAUGCCAGUGUUUGAUACCUUUCUUUUAUUAUAAUAAUUGUUCAUACAUUUACUACAAUAGCAUUUCAAAGCAGCACACACUUGCAAUUAAUAUCAACCAAAUACUGACUGUUUUCAAGAAAACAUUUUUUGGGGCUCCUAACAUAUUCCUUAAUGCAGUAGUUGUCCCCAUAACAUAGACUUGAAAACCAAUGCUUGUAGAUAUUUUCAUAGGUUCACCAAUGCAUUAAAUAACAGCACAGAACAGUGGUUUGCUUCUGUAAAUAUUGUAUUACACAUGAUUUGUAUUAUACCAUUGAUAACAGUGGACAUCAGCUGUAAGGAUAUCUUGCAUUAUGAGAAAGCCAUUGGUAUGUUUCUUUUUGUGCAAUUUGCACGAGAGGUGUGAGCAUUCAUUAUGUAUAGUUGUUAUAUGUAUAUUCAUUUUGGAGAGGUUUGUUUAUUCAAUACAGUGAAGUGGAUUAGAAAAAUGGACAGAUUAAAAUGCUUAACAAAUUUAAUUAUCCAUCAGAAGUGAUUCAGAAUUGUUACCAUACACAACAUAAGCUGAUGAAAACAACAAAAAUCUGCAUGUUAGAUAUAGUAGUUUAUGUGGAUAAUCUAAUGUUCCCUUUUUCACUUUGAUCUUUGCUAUUUCAAAAAAUAAUAAAGAAUAUAUUAUCAAAUGUGGAUUGUUGGACAUUCUGGAAAAAAGUUACCUUAUCAGGCAUUGUUCCUUUUUAGUCAGUUAACUCAAGUCAAUGUAAAACUGAUGGGAAUGUUUCUUAUGGAUUGUAGAGCCUCACACAUGAUGGUAUAAACACAAUUACAAUGCCUAAAGACAUGUAAAUGCAACAUGUAAAGUGUUGGUCCCAUGUUUCAUGAGCUGAAAUAAAAGAUCCCAGAAAUGAUCCAUACGCAAAAAAAAGCUUCUCUCAAAUUUUGUGC